AUGCACAUUUCGUUAUAGUUCUAAUCCAGCAAUCCCAACGAUCACUAUAACUAUCCACGCUUCACUGAGACUCAUAUUCAUUUCAAUCUUUUAUUUAACUCACGCUCAUCUCUUAAACUCCAAAACCAACAAAAAUGGAUCAAUUCAAAGGCCAACCUCGCCUACCGAAAUUCGCAGUCCCGAAACGGUACGAUAUUCGUAUUAAACCGGACCUUUCCGCCUGCACAUUUUCCGGCACUGUUUCAGUCGACCUCGAAAUUGUCUCCAACACUAAAUUCAUCGUCUUAAACGCCGCUGACCUCUCCGUUAAAUCCAACUCUGUUAACUUCACAUCCUCAUCCUCUAAGAUGGUUGAGGCAGUGAAAGCUGAAUUAUUUGAAGGUGAUGAUAUACUUGUGUUGGAGUUCGCUGAGACGCUUCCGGUUGGUGCCGGAAUUCUCGCGAUUGAGUUUGACGGUGUUUUGAACGAUAAAAUGAAAGGACUUUACAAAAGUACUUAUGAGAUAAAUGGUGAGAAGAAAAAUAUGGCAGUUACUCAAUUUGAGCCAGCUGAUGCUAGGAGAUGCUUUCCAUGUUGGGAUGAGCCUGCCUGCAAGGCUAAAUUCAAGAUUACUUUGGAUGUGCCAACUGAAUUAGUGGCUCUUUCUAAUAUGCCUGUGGUUGAGGAGAAAGUGAAUGGACCUUUGAAGAUUGUUUCAUAUCAGGAAACACCUAUCAUGUCUACUUAUUUGGUAGCAAUUGUUGUUGGGUUGUUUGAUUAUGUUGAAGAUCACACAUCUGACGGGAUCAAAGUUCGAGUGUAUUGUCAAGUUGGGAAGGCUAAUCAAGGGAGAUUUGCAUUGCAUGUUGCUGUAAAGACACUUGAAUUAUACAAAGAAUAUUUUUCUGUUCAGUAUCCUCUACCCAAGUUGGAUAUGAUUGCUAUUCCCGACUUUGCAGCUGGGGCCAUGGAGAAUUAUGGGUUAGUCACAUAUCGUGAAACAGCCUUGCUCUUUGAUGAUAAGCAUUCUGCUGCUGCUAACAAGCAGAGGGUUGCUACUGUUGUUGCACAUGAGCUGGCACAUCAGUGGUUUGGCAAUCUUGUAACAAUGGAAUGGUGGACGGAUUUGUGGCUUAAUGAAGGUUUUGCAACAUGGGUGAGCUACCUUGCAGCUGAUAGCUUGUUUCCAGAAUGGAAGAUAUGGACUCAGUUUCUUGAUGAACUUACCGAAGGUCUUAGGUUGGACAGCCUUGAAGAAUCCCACCCCAUUGAGGUGGAGAUAAACCAUGCUAAUGAAAUUGAUGAAAUUUUUGAUGCGAUAAGUUAUAGAAAAGGUGCCUCUGUCAUCCGAAUGUUGCAAAGCUAUCUUGGUGCUGAAUGCUUUCAGCGCUCUCUUGCUUCAUACGUUAAAAAGCAUGCCUACUCAAAUGCAAAGACGGAAGACUUAUGGGCUGCCCUUGAGGAGGGAUCUGGUGAGCCUGUGAAUAAGCUAAUGAAUUCAUGGACAAGGCAAAAGGGGUACCCUGUCAUAUCUGCGAAACUCAAAGACCAGAAGUUGGAAUUUGAACAGUCACAAUUCUUGUCAAGUGGUUCUCAUGGAGAUGGCCAGUGGAUUGUCCCAAUAACUUUGUGUUGUGGCUCAUAUGAUGUGCACAAGAAUUUCUUAUUGCAAGCAAAAUCUGAAACUCUUGAUGUUAAGUUAUUCAGCCUUGUUGAGAACCAAAAUGCUUGGCUUAAACUUAAUGUGAAUCAGACUGGUUUCUAUAGGGUGAAAUAUGAUGAUGACCUAGCAGCUAGACUUAGAUAUGCCAUAGAGAAAAAGCACCUCAGCGAGACAGACAGAUAUGGCAUUUUGGAUGAUUCUUUUGCCCUUUGUAUGGCUCGUCACCAGUCUUUUACCUCUUUGUUUACUCUGAUGAACGCUUACAGGGAGGAGCUCGAGUAUACUGUGCUGUCUAACUUGAUUACUAUAAGUUAUAAAGUUAUAAGGAUUGCAGCGGAUGCAACCCCUGAAUUAUUGGACUGCAUAAAUGAGUGUUUUAUUAAUCUUUUUCAGUUUUCUGCUGAGAGAGUUGGUUGGGAUCCUAAGCAAGAUGAAAGCCAUCUUGAUGCGAUGUUGAGAGGAGAAAUUUGGACUGCGCUUGCUGUGUUUGGACAUGAUCCAACACUAGAUGAAGGAAUUAGGAGAUUUUAUGCAUUUGUGGAUGAUAGAGAUACGCCACUCCUCCCACCUGAUAUAAGAAAGGCAGCAUAUGUGGCAGUAAUGCAGAGAGUCAGCACAUCAAAUAGAUCAGGAUAUGAUUCUCUCCUUAGAGUCUAUAGAGAGACUGAUCUAAGCCAAGAGAAAACUCGAAUUCUAGGUGCAUUGGCAUCAUGUCCAGACCCCAAUAUAGUUCUUGAAGUGUUGAAUUUUGUGCUGACUAGUGAGGUUCGCAGUCAAGAUGCUGUUUUUGGACUUGCUGUUUCGAAGGAAGGAAGGGAAACAGCUUGGAAAUGGCUGAAGGAUAAGUGGGAUUACAUAUCAAAAACCUGGGGUUCUGGAUUUUUAAUUACUCGCUUUGUCGGUGCAGUAGUAUCACCGUUUGCUUCAUUUGAGAAGGCGAAGGAAGUGGAGGAGUUCUUUGCAACCCGUUCUAAGCCUUCAAUUAUGAGAACCUUGAAGCAGAGCAUCGAACGGGUCAACGUUAAUGCAAAGUGGGUUCAGAGCAUUCAGAACGAGAAACAACUGGCGGAUGUCGUGAAAGAAUUAGCGCACAGGAAAUUCUAGUAUUGAUGCAAUUUCUUUGCAGAAAGCUCUCAGGUUGAAUUUUAUGUCCUUGUAACAAGCUGCAAAAAUAAGAACUUUAUGGAUGUCCCAGCAAUCCUUUUAAUAACAAUGAAGUUGAUUGCAAUAA